AUGAAGUCGGACCCAAACCAAAGGAAUCAGAGCAAGUAUUGCCGGUUCCACGGUGACGUCGGCCAACACACCAACGAUUGCGUUGACUUAAAGGUUGAAAUUGAAAGGUUAAUCCCCGAAGGGAGGCUGCAAGAGUUUAAGGCUGAAAGGCGAGGUCAUGGUCCCGGAAAUGACGGUCGACGCCGAGAGGAGAAUUGGCAAGGGGAAGAUCGCGAGCCGGUCGGCGUCAUAAGGACCAUACACGGAGGGCCGUAUCUCGGGGGAGAUUCCAGGAAGUCCCAGAAAAGUUAUGCCCACGAAGCGAGGGGGUAUACCAGGAGAGGUUUAGAGAAAAUGUCAUGGCUAUUGUAUGGGUUCACAGGGGACUCAGUCAUCCCCCAAGGGAUGAUUCGGCUGUCGAUAACCACGGGAGAAAAACCCAGGUAG